AUGCCCAAGGAUGCAGCACCCGAAGUCAUGCCCGAGCUCUCCGCUCAACGCCUCUUCACACUCAAUGGCAAGGUCGCCCUCGUGACCGGCGGUGGUACCGGUAUCGGCAAGAUGAUCGCCGCCACCUACAUUCGCAACGGUGCCAAAGUCUACAUCGCCUCUCGCAAGCUAUCCGACCUCCAAAAGGUUGCUGCUCAGCUCUCCAAACUCCACCCUUCCGACCCCGAGGGCAAACAAGGUCUUUGCAUUGCCCUUCAAGCUGAUGUUGGUAGCAAAGCUGGAUGCGAUGCCCUCGCUGAACAGGUCAAGAAGGUCGAGUCCAGAUUGGAUAUCUUGGUCAACAACUCGGGUUUGACUUGGGGUGCCCCCAUGGUCGACUUUCCCGAGCAGAAGGGUUGGGAUAAGGUGUUCGAUUUGAAUGUCAAAAGUCAGUUUUAUUUGACUGUUGCAUUGCUGCCAUUGUUGGAAGCGGGAAAGAGCAACACCGAACACGCUAGUGUUUUGAACAUUGCUAGUACUGCUGCCAUCGUGCCCCUCGCUGAAGGUGGAUUGUCGGCUCCUGGCAACGGAACCUAUUCUUACCAACCCUCGAAGGCAGCCUCAUUGCACCUUACUCGAGUCCUCGCCAACUCGCUCGCUGAAAAGUACAUUAUGGUCAACGCCAUCUGCCCCGGUGUCUUCCCCUCCCGUAUGACCGCCUACGGUCUCGAGGAGAACCGUGACUUGCUUGAAGGCAUCCAGCCUACCGGCCGUGUCGGUACACCAGAGGACAUUGGCGGCGUUGCCAUGUUCUUUGCUUCUCGUGCGGGCGCUCAUUGCACCGGUACUGGCAUUGUUGUGGACGGUGGUCAGAGUAUUCAGUUCCAGCCCCGUCUCUAG